GGCCAGGAAGUGAGGAGGGGCGGGGGCUUAUGAGGAGGCCGGGGGAGCGUUGGGGUAAAUUUGCACUCAGGGCCACCUGAGGGACUUGUCCGUGGGGAACUCUGCUCUGUCCCCUCCCUUCGAAGAGACACGGUUGUCGUCUGGGAGCAGGGAACUCUGUGGAGAGGGGGUUGUUGCAAUAGUUUUCUGGCUGCGCUUGAGGCAGGGUUACGGAGGCAGGGCUGGGGGUGGGGCCGGGUCUCCAGGGCGUCUGAGAGGGAAGACCCCCGUUGCCCCGCAUCCCCCACCGCACAUCUACACUGGCUGACUGGACACUAAGAUGGCUGCCGUUGCCAUGACACCCAACCCUGUGCAGACCCUUCAGGAGGAGGCGGUGUGCGCCAUCUGCCUCGAUUACUUCACGGACCCGGUGUCCAUCGGCUGCGGGCACAACUUCUGUCGAGUGUGUGUAACCCAGUUGUGGGGCGGGGAAGAUGAGGAGGACCGGGAUGAGUUGGAGCGGGAGGAGGAGGAGGAAGAGGAGGACGGAGAGGAGGAGGAAGUGGAGGCAGUGGGGGCCAGCGGGGGCUGGGACACUCCUAUGAGAGAGGAAGAUUUUGAGGGCGACAUGGAGGAGGAGGUGGAGGAGGAAGAGGAGGGUGUGUUCUGGACCAGUGGCAUGGCUGGGUCCAACUGGGACAACAUGGACUAUAUGUGGGAGGAGGAGGACGAAGAGGAAGAACUGGACUACUAUUUGGGGGACAUGGAGGACCUGAGGGGGGAGGAUGAAGAGGAUGAGGAAGAAGUGCUGGAGGAGGACGAGGAAGAGGAGCUAGAUCCCGUCACCCCACUGUCCCCACCUCCAGCCCCUCGGAGGUGCUUCACCUGUCCCCAGUGCCGAAAGAGCUUUCCUCGGCGGAGCUUCCGCCCCAACCUGCAGCUGGCCAACAUGGUCCAGGUGAUUCGGCAGAUGCACCCAAUUCCUGGUCGAGGGAGCCGUGUGAACGAGCAGGGUAUCUGUCCUAAACACCAGGAAGCCCUGAAGCUAUUCUGCGAGGUGGAUGAAGAGGCCAUUUGUGUGGUGUGCCGAGAAUCCAGGAGCCACAAACAGCACAGUGUGGUGCCAUUGGAAGAGGUGGUGCAGGAGUACAAGGCCAAACUGCAGGGGCAUGUGGAACCACUUAGGAAACACCUGGAGGCUGUGCAGAAGAUGAAGGCCAAGGAGGAGAGGCGAGUGACAGAGCUAAAGAGCCAGAUGAAGUCAGAGCUGGCAGCUGUGGCCUCAGAGUUUGGGCGGCUAACACGGUUUCUGGCCGAAGAGCAGGCAGGGCUGGAGCGCCGCCUCCGAGAGAUGCAUGAAGCUCAGUUGGGGCAUGCUGGAGCAGUAGCAGGCCGACUCACAGAGCAGGCUGCCCAGUUGAGCCGCCUGUUGGCUGAGGCCCAGGAGAGGAGCCAGCAGGGGGGCCUGCGGCUACUCCAGGACAUCAAGGAGACUUUCAAUAGGUGUGAAGAGGUACAGCUGCAGCCCCCAGAGGUCUGGUCCCCUGACCUGUGCCAACCCCAUAGCCAUGACUUCCUGACAGAUGCCAUCGUGAGGAAAAUGAGCCGGAUGUUCUGUCAGGCUGCGAGAGUGGACCUGACGCUGGACCCCGACACGGCUCACCCUGCCUUGAUGCUGUCCCCGGACCGCCGGGGUGUCCGCUUGGCAGAACGGCGGCAAGAGGUUGCUGACCAUCCCAAGCGCUUCUCGGCUGACUGCUGCGUACUGGGGGCCCAGGGCUUCCGCUCUGGCCGGCACUACUGGGAGGUAGAGGUGGGCGGGCGGCGGGGCUGGGCGGUGGGUGCUGCCCGUGAGUCAACCCACCAUAGAGAAAAGGUGGGCUCUGGGGGUUCCUCUGUGGGCAGCGGGGAUGCCAGUUCCUCGCGCCACCACCAUCGCCGUCGCCGUCUCCACCUACCCCAGCAGCCCCUACUGCAGCGGGAAGUGUGGUGUGUGGGCACCAAUGGCAAACGCUACCAGGCACAGAGCUCGACGGAGCAGACACUGCUGAGCCCAAGUGAGAAACCUCGGCGCUUUGGAGUGUACCUGGACUAUGAGGCAGGGCGCCUGGGCUUCUACAACGCGGAGACUUUAGCCCAUGUGCACACCUUCUCAGCUGCCUUCCUGGGCGAGCGUGUCUUCCCCUUUUUCCGGGUGCUCUCAAAGGGAACCCGCAUCAAGCUCUGCCCUUGAUUAGCCUGCCACCCGCAGGGGCCCCUCUGGUCAGCACUAGUGGGGCGGGUGGUAGUGGAUGGUGGCCCAUUAUUGCAUUGUUUCCUGCUUUCCCUUCAUCCCAGGUCCCUGCUUUUUCCCCUCUGGGAACCUAAGAACCCUCCUGGCCUCCAGCUCUGCCUUCUCACCUACUGUAUCUGUCCAACAGGUCUGCAUGGGUCUUGAUAAUGAGAACAGCUGCUUGGUCUUCCCUCCCUGUCUGCCCAGCCUAGUCCAGCCCUUGACAUUCUGAGUAGGGAAGAUUGUAAUUUUAUUUCUUCUUCCCCUUAUCCCUACUCUUCAGCAAUUAUGUCAGUUCUAAGGCUGGAGGGCUUGGGCAAGACUUGAGAAUAUCCUCAUCCCUACUGUUUUCUGGUACAAAGUUUAGAUAGGGGAUUUGGAAACUGUUUUGGGGGAGGCAUGGUGGGCAGAAGGGUCAAGCUAAGUAAGAAAAUGUUUGCUUUCCUGGGGAAGUAGGGAUUCUGAACUUUCCUUCCAUCCCCAAUUUCUACCUCCUUAGACUGGCCAGGAUUUAGCCUGAGAUCUGGGAUAUUCAACAUGUUUUAAACUACAGUAAAUACCAUUAUAUCCACCCUUAAAUUAUCUUCCCAGCAUUCAAUCUAAAGAACAAAACUCUCCCUACCUUACCCCUGCCAGAACUUUUCAUUGCCAGGGUCCCUCUUCCAGUCUUUCCACUGGAGUUGCUUUUUGUUUCCAGCCUCUCCCCAACUUUCACUUCUGUUUGGUGAGCCCUGAGGGCAUGGCCAGGGAUGUGUUUGGGUGCCUGGGAGGAGAAACUUGGGCAGAGUAUAUUUUUCUAGUAACUCCUUACCUCCUAUCACUUAAUCAGUUUUUCAUGGCUGAGGUCAAUUUCUAUGUUAUUGGGGAAAAAGGGAAGGUUAAUUGUGUUGCAAAAAUAAAAUGUUUAUUUGCUA